UCUAUUGACCAAUAAACACUAAACACUAAUAAUGUAAAUCAAAAAUAAAAAGACGUAAAAUUAUUAUAAAAUACAAUUUAUACAAAUAAGGUUAAAGUCUCGAUAAAUCGUAUUAUGUUUGUGAAUUUUGUGAAAACGAAGAUCUGAUUUAUAAUUAAUAUAUUAUAAUAAUAGAUAAUUUAUUCUCAGUGUCCUUUGAUCACACGUCAUAAUGAUUAAAUUAUCAUUGAAAGAAGCAAUGAAGAUCGGUUUUAUUGGCGGCGGCAGAUUGGCGUAUGCGUUGGCGAAUGGCUUUAUAUCUGCAGGAUUAGCAAAACCCGAUGAAAUCACAGCUAGCUGUCAUCCAGCAGAUACAGUCAGUGCCGAAGCGUUUAAGAGCUUGGGAGCAACAGCCCUGUUUGAGAACAAGUCUGUGGUUGAGAGAUCGGAAAUUGUAAUCAUAUCUGUCAAACCAGAUGUGGUAGUGCCAGCCUUGCAAGAUGUCAAGGGCCUUCCAGCAUCGAAGAAUAAACUCUUUAUAUCAGUAGCCAUGGGAGUGUCUACAGGAACUAUCGAGAAGGCUCUCCCAAUAGAAGCGCGCGUGAUUCGCGUUAUGCCCAACACUCCAGCGCUUGUGAAAGAAGGCGCGGCAGCUUUAAGCAGAGGUUCCAAGGCAACAGCCGAAGAUGCAAAGAUCGCGGCUGAGUUAUUUAGAGCCGUGGGCACAUGUGAUGAAGUACCUGAAUAUCAGAUGGACGCUGUCACCGCUUUAAGUGGAAGUGGACCUGCUUACGUAUAUAUGCUAAUUGAAUCGUUAGCAGACGGUGGAGUACGUUGCGGUUUACCACGUGACUUAGCUAUGCGACUGGCAACACAAACCACUCUCGGCUCAGCGGCCAUGUUGCGUAAUGGCGGUCACCCUGCAGCUAUGAAGGACAAUGUGACAUCACCGGGAGGAUCCACCGCGGAAGGAACUUAUCAUUUAGAACAAAACGGAUUCAGAUCAGCAGUCAUCGGUGCAGUAAUGGCAGCGACUGAUAGAUGUAAAGUAGUCAACAAAGAGCUUAAUCAAUAAACAAUUUGAUCACAUGGAAAUAUAAAGAGUCUCGGAACUAAUUUUAUAUUAAAAAGCAUUUAAAAUAUA